CCGCGGUCUCUGGGCAGGAUCCUGGGAGGGCCUCGCGGGACGUCAACAAACAAGAGUGACACAAUUACCGCAUCAGCACGCCGCCGCCAUGACCAAGAAAAUGCAGGCAACAGAAAGCCUAUUAAGAAGAACUUAAGAACAUAGGGAGACUGCAAGAGGCCAACUGGCCUACACUGUAAUCUAUAAGCGGUCCGGGUGGUACUACGAGAAACGUCAGCUGCGGCACACGCCCAGCAUCGCGAAGGGCAUGAGUGUGGAGCAGGAGGUUCAGUACCGGCGGGAGGGGGCGCGCUUCAUCCUGCAGGUCGGCAACAAGAUGGGCCUGCGCUACGAGACCAUGGCCACCGGCGUCGUCUACUUCCACCGCUUCUACAUGGUGCACGCCUUCCAGUCCUUCCCCAGACAUGUGACGGCGUGCUGCUGCCUCUUCCUGGCGGGCAAGGUUGAGGAGACGCCCAAGAAGUGUAAGGACAUCAUGAAGACUGCCAAGAGCCUCAUGGACGAGGUCACCUGGGCAGAGUUUGGCACCGACCCGAGGGAGGAGGUCAUGACUCUCGAGAGGAUCCUGCUGCAGACCAUCAAAUUUGACUUCAUUGUGGAACACCCGUACACCUACCUGCUCAAGUACGCCAAGUGCCUCAAAGGUGACAAGAAGAAGCUGCCCAACAUGGUACAAAUGGCCUGGACCUUCGUGAAUGACAGUCUGUGCACCACGCUGUGUCUUCAGUGGGAGCCGGAGAUCAUCGCCAUCGCUCUCAUGUAUCUGGCGGGGAAGCUGAGCAAGUUUGAGGUGACGGACUGGGCCGGGCGGCAGGCCAAGCAUCAGCGCUGGUGGGACAUGUACGUGGAAGGCAUCUCCAUGGAACUGCUGGAGGACAUCUGCCACCAGGUGCUUGACUUGUACUCGCCAAACCGCUCGGAAUCCGGCGGCAGCUCCUCCGACGUAUCAGCCGCCGCAAAAGCCGCUCUUCCAAGACGCCCUACCACCCCCCCACAGACCCCCAUCGGCCCUCCACCCGCCAAGAAGAUGAAGAAGGAGGAGGUGAAGUCGUCCCCUGUGAAACCUGAGGCCCCCGUCCCUGCCCAGUCCUAUCAGUACUCUUACCAGUAUUCAAACUACCCUGGUUCCUAUGCCUCACAGGGCGCCUCUCAAGCCCCGUCGCCGGCCACGCCACAGCAGCGCUACCCCUACCAGUACCCUGCGUCCAGUACCCAAGGCCCACCACCUCCGCAGGCACCACCCCCGCAGGCGCCACCUCCGAGUUACCAGCCUCCUCCACCACAGCAGCGGCACUAUACACCAGCUGCGCCUGUUUCCUCGCAGCCCACGCCGCCGCCACCCCCACACUACACCUCACAGCCCCCUCCCUCGCACUACUCCACCCCACAUCCACCAUCGUAUAGCCACCCCCCCUCGACCGCCACCCACUACCCCACUCCGCCCGCGCCACAGACCAUACCUCCGCAGGGCCAUUACCCAUCACCACAUGCCUCAUCCUCCUCAUCCUCAUCCUACUACCCAUCCCCGGCUCCCCCGUCAUCCGCAACACAGCCGACCUACCCAGUGCCUCCCUCGUCCUCCUAUCCUCCCCCAAACUCCUACUCCCACUCCAGUUCACGUCCCUAUUGAUCCCCGUCUGGUCUAUGGCAUAAUCUAAUCCUCCUCCCGAUGUAUAAAGGUUCCAGUUGAUGUUCCAAGACUCUAUUUUUGACUAUGUGUAUGCUUGCUUGCUGGCUCCAGGUGGUUGUUGGGUCACUUAUGAUAGGGUUGUGUUUGUUUGGUUUCGUCGUCUAUACUCACUCGGAGGACGGAGUUUCAGGGGAAGGGAAAGUGAGUUCGAGUUCCAGUUUUCCACCAGUGAAAGAGAAUCCAGUAGUGUGAAUUUGUAAGGGAAUUGUAAAGAAGAAAAAUAAUAAAGGGAGAAAAUCAAGCAUGUGUGUGAAUUCUUGAGAGUAGAAAGGAAAUGUAUGAGGGAAAGAAAUCAUAAAAGGCUGGAAACUGUGACGAAAAAGUAAUAAAAGCCAGAAACUCGAGCCUGUAGUGUGAAUGCUUGGGGCCAGGAAGGAAAAGUAUAAGGGAAAGAAAUCAUAAGGGCGGGAAACUGUAACCAGAAAAUUCAUAAACGUCAUAAUAUUCCUCCCAUGUACUGAAAGCAGGAAGGAAAUGAAGACAGUGGAAGGAAGGAAGAGUGGAAAAAGAGAAAGAAAGAAAUCAUAUGUACCAGAAAAUUCAUAAACGUCAAAAUAUUCCUCCUAUGUAUUGAAAGCAGGAAGGAAAUCAGAACAGUAGAAGGAAGAAAGGAAGGAAGAGUGGAAAAAGAGAAAAGAAAGAAAUCAUAAGUACCAGAAAAUUCAUAAACGUCGGAAUAUUCCUAUGUAUUCUUGAAGGCAGGAAGGAAAUCAAAACAGUAGAAAAUGUCAAAAGAAGCAUAGACAAGUUAAUCCAAUACUAAUGUUUGAGACUGGGCCAAAAUGUGUCAAAGAUGAAUGUGACCAAAUCCUGUGUUGACCUUGUACGCAGAAAAACUAUUACUAUUAUUACAGAAAAAUACACUUAUAAUUCUC